AUAAAUUAUAGGCUAUAAAAUAAUGAUAUUUUGAAUUAAAAAAUGAUUAUCUAUGCUUACAACGUGGGAGGAUUAAUAUGCGGAGGUUGGAAGAAGAAUGUGGAGGAGCGAAGACGAAGCUUACAGUGAGAGAUAUCACAGCGUAAUUGCGAAAUUCUCAAAAGCCACACCCAACCGAAAGCCCUUCCAUAAGUCCACAUAAUUGCCCUUUCUUCUUUUCUCCUCAGAUUCGGACAUCAUCUUCACUCGCUCCGAUGACGUGAGUGAAGCACACGCAUCCAUGGACGACCCUUCUCCGACGCUCCUUUGCACUCUCCUCGUUCUCAUAUACCUAGCAGCACCUCCACUCUCCCUCGCCGCCACCGACCCAAACGACGUCAAAAUACUCCAGCAGUUCAGAAAGGGCCUGGACAACCCAGAACUGCUUCCAUGGCCCGAUACCGGUGGAGACCCAUGUGGUAGCCCGGGUUGGAAAUACAUUUACUGCGACGGCAACGGCAGAGUCCAGCAGAUUCAAGCCAAGGACCUCAACCUUAGUGGCCCUCUUCCGCCCAACCUGAACCAACUCACCAUGCUCUCCAACUUGGGCCUCCAGAACAACAGGCUCUCCGGCCCAUUACCCUCCCUCUCCGGCCUCUCCAAACUCCAAUACGCAUUUCUCGACAACAACAACUUCAAUUCCAUUCCCUCCGAUUUCUUCGACGGACUUCAGAGUCUGGAAGUUCUCGCUUUGGAUCACAACAACCUUAACGCCAGCGCUGGUGGCUGGAACUUCCCUUCUUCGUUGCAGGGCUCCACUCAGUUGACCAAUCUCUCUUGUAUGUCCUGCAAUUUGGUUGGUCCGUUACCCGAUUUUCUCGCCAAGAUGAACUCGUUGUCGUUUUUGAAGCUUUCCAACAACAAUUUGAGUGGUCAGAUUCCGGCCAGUCUAAAUGGUUCGGCGUUGCAGGUUCUGUGGUUGAAUAACCAACAGGGUGAGGGUCUUACUGGGAAGAUUGAUGUCGUGGCGACCAUGGUUUCGCUCACUAGUUUGUGGCUUCAUGGGAAUGCCUUCACCGGAUCGAUUCCCGGUAACAUUGGGGAUUUGAGUUCUCUGAAGGAUCUCGACCUUAAUAGGAACCGUCUCGUUGGGUUAAUCCCUGAUGCGUUGGGGAACAUGGAAUUGGAUAAUCUGGAUUUGAACAAUAACAUGUUGAUGGGUCCAAUCCCUAAUUUCAAAGCUUCCAAAGUUUCUUACGAUUACAAUGAUUUUUGUCAGAACAAAUCGGGGGUUCCUUGCGCUUUUGAAGUGAUGGCGUUGUUGGGGUUUCUUGGUGGGUUGAGUUAUCCUUCGAAUCUUGUUGAUUCGUGGAAAGGGAAUGAUCCUUGUGGGGGAAAUUGGUUAGGGAUAAAGUGCAAUGCCAAUGGGAAGGUGGCUAUGAUUAAUUUGCCAAGCUUUAAUCUUAGUGGAACUUUGAGUCCUUCUGUUGCAAACUUGGCUUCUCUUGUUGAAAUCAGGUUGGGGGGUAACAAUCUGGGUGGUGUGGUACCUAGUAAUUGGACUACUUUAGCGUCUCUGAAAUUGUUGGAUCUGAGCGGCAAUAACAUAUCUCCUCCUUUGCCAGAGUUUAAGAAUGGCUUGAAACCUGUUGUUGCGGGGAAUCCUCUGUUCAAUGGUGGCUCUGAAGUUCCUUCCUCAGGGGGCAACAACCCUUCAACUGGAUCUGGGAAUGGUGGACCUGGAACAGCUCACUCUAAUUCAACUUCAAGUGAUUCUGGUGAAACCAAAAAAUCGAAAAGGAAAGGGUUGGUUUCGAUUGUAGCCCCUAUUGUGGGUGUGGCGGCUGCGGCUUUUCUGCUCAUUCCACUCUAUGCUUAUUGUGUCAGGAGCAGAAAGGGUGGUUUCCAGGCUCCAACCUCACUGGUAGUUCACCCUAGAGAUCCGUCUGAUGCGGACAAUACUGUAAAGAUUGUUGUUGCUAAUAAUACCAAUGGAAGCAUUUCCACCAUAACUGGGAGUGGGUCUGGGAGUAGAAACAGCAGUGGAAUUGGGGAUUCUCAUGUCAUUGAGGCUGGAAAUCUUAAGAUAUCGGUUCAAGUUCUGAGAAACGUGACCAAGAAUUUCGCUCCUGAGAAUGAGCUUGGCCGCGGUGGAUUUGGUGUUGUUUACAAGGGAGAGUUGGAUGACGGGACUAAGAUUGCAGUGAAAAGAAUGGAAGCGGGAGUGAUUAGUAGCAAAGCUUUGGAUGAAUUCCAGGCUGAAAUUGCAGUUCUAUCAAAAGUCCGACAUCGGCAUCUGGUGUCUCUUUUGGGUUAUUCUAUAGAAGGCAGUGAAAGAAUUCUAGUGUAUGAGUAUAUGCCACAAGGGGCUCUUAGUAAGCAUCUUUUCCAUUGGAAGAGCCUUGAACUGGAGCCCCUCUCUUGGAAGAGGAGGCUAAAUAUUGCCUUGGAUGUAGCUAGGGGAAUGGAGUAUCUUCAUACUCUGGCCCACCAAAGCUUCAUUCACAGAGAUCUUAAGUCGUCAAAUAUCCUGCUUGCUGAUGAUUUCAGAGCAAAAGUCUCUGACUUUGGACUGGUAAAACUUGCUCCUGAAGGUGAAAAAUCUGUAGUGACUCGGCUUGCUGGGACUUUUGGAUAUCUGGCGCCAGAAUAUGCAGUGACGGGAAAAAUCACUACCAAAGCAGAUGUUUUCAGUUUUGGGGUUGUGCUAAUGGAACUGUUGACUGGAUUGAUGGCACUUGAUGAGGAUAGACCUGAGGAAAGCCAAUAUUUGGCAGCAUGGUUCUGGCAUAUAAAAUCAGAUAAGAAGAAACUAAUGGCUGCUAUUGAUCCAGUACUUGAUGUAAAGGAAGAAACAUUUGAGAGCAUAUCCAUCAUUGCCGAGCUAGCUGGACACUGCACUGCCAGAGAACCAAACCAACGACCAGAUAUGGGUCACGCCGUGAAUGUGCUGGCACCACUCGUUGAAAAAUGGAAACCCUUUGAUGAUGACCCUGAGGAGUAUUCUGGCAUUGAUUAUAGCCUUCCCCUUAACCAGAUGGUGAAGGGUUGGCAAGAGGCAGAAGGAAAGGACAUCAGUUAUAUGGACUUAGAUGACAGUAAGAGUAGUAUCCCUGCAAGGCCUACUGGAUUUGCGGAUUCUUUUACUUCAGCGGAUGGCCGGUGAAACAAAUGGUUUGUUGCUUUGUAGAAUGUACCUUUUUCCUUUCGAUUUUCAAUAGGUGUAGAUAGCAUGCUCUUUUCUUUCUGCUGUCCCAAAAUGUCUUGGGAAAGUGUUUAGUAGCAGUGGUAUAAUAGUGUUUUGAGUAAGAGAUUUCAUAUGUGCUUGAAAUCUCAUUUGUAUGCUUUGUAUUUUCAACUGUGACAUUGAAGUGUUAAUGGCUGUAGAUAUUGAGCCCCGAUCGAUUAUCAUCCUCGAGAAUGCUUGUUUUUUACCUUCAUCCAUUCACGUUUCAAUGAUCUUUUCUCACAUGUUUUGGGGAGACAUUUAAUAUCCACCCUUUCACCUGUGGUGUAUUGAGGCAACAUAAGCCAAAUCCAUUGAUAUAUUAAUAAAUUUAUGAAUGAUGUAGGGCAGAUAAUACUUGUAACCUUUUUAACUGCUGAUAUCUAAAAUUUAAAAUUUGC